AUGGAAAGCAAGGAGAUCUCCUCGACUAAGGUCAUAGCCGAAGCCGGCGGCGACGUGACGGCUAAGAGCACGGAUCAUAGUGAUGUUGACUCAACUCAUACUCAGUCACUAUCACCAGUCGACGAGAAACCAAAGCAGACAUGGAGGUCCUAUUUCUGGGACACAUUUGACAAGUCCCCCGAGGAGAGGCGGUUUCUGUUCAAGCUCGACGCGGUGAUUCUGACAUUCGCUUCAUUGGGGUAUUUUAUCAAGUAUCUCGAUCAAGUUAACGUCAACAGUGCCUUCGUAUCCGGUAUGAAGGAGGAUUUAGGCCUUUACGGUAAUCAGCUCAACUACAUGGUCACAUGUUGGACAGUUGGUUAUGUUAUUGGUGAAAUUCCAAGUAACAUGCUCCUAACUAAGGUUCGGCCGUCAAUAUUUAUCCCGGCUUGCGAGGUUGUCUGGUCAGUUUUGACGAUUUUGCUUUCAAAAUGUCAAACAGCAGAACAAAUCUACGUCCUAAGAUUCUUCAUCGGGCUUGCAGAAAGCAGCUAUUACCCAGGCAUUCAGUAUAUUAUUGGCAAUCGAAAAGAUGAGCUCGCCAAGCGAAGUUGUAUCUUCCACGCCAGUGGCUCCAUAGGUAGCAUGUUCUCUGGCUAUCUGAUGACGGCUGUGUAUCGACUAAAUGGUACAAAUGGCUAUCGUGGAUGGCAGUGGCUUUUUAUCAUAAACACCACAAUAUCGCUACCGAUUGCCAUAGCGGGGUUUUUCUUCUUUCCAGACGUACCGGAAAUCACUCGCGCCUGGUGGUUGACGAAGGACGAGAUAGCGCUAGCUAAUAAGCGCAUGGAGUUUGAAGGCCGAGCCAACAGGGGAAAAUACACAAAAGCCACGUUCAAGAAGAUCUUCACAUCAUGGCACAUUUAUGCGCUUACCCUGCUUUACAUCUUCUUUAACAACGGGACAGGCUACGGUGGCCAACCAGCUUUCUCGCUCUGGCUGAAACAGGAAGGAUACAGCAUCGCCGCUAUAAAUUCGUAUCCUACUAUUGCAGCAGCUGUCGCUGUGAUCUUCACCUAUAUUUAUGCCUGGACAUCCGAUUCUCUUUUCAAGGGUGCUCGAUGGCCGCCUAUGAUAUUCUCAGGGGUUGUCAAUAUCAUCACCAACACGAGUCUCGCCGUGUGGAAUGUUCCUACAGGUUGGAAGUGGUUUUGCUACGUCAUUGGUAUGAUCGGGGGAGGAAUCAGUGGCUUGACCUUUGCGUGGGCACAUGAAAUCUGCGGUGGUGAUAAUGAGGAGCGAGCUUUCGUAGUAGCAUCUAUGAACGAGAUGGCUUAUGUAGUUCAGGCGUGGCUGCCACUAAUUAUUUGGCAGCAAGUUGACGGACCUCAGUAUCACAAAGGGUUUGUUACCAUGGUCUUCUUUGCCGCCGGCCUUAUCGUCACUUCCCUCACGAUACGGACGCUACAUCAUCGAGAAGUAGCUAAAAAGGUCCAGCUAUUGAAUACAGGAGCGGCCUAG